AUCCUCGACAAGAUAGCUGUAGCCCCCCUGUGUGGAUGAUGUUGGCUCUCGGACUCCUCCCCCUGCUCCUGCUGCAGGUGUGCGGCGGUCGGGCGAUGGACGUUCCCGAGGAUGUGACCGCCGAGUUCUCCGUCAGACUGUACCACCAGCUGCAGGCGACGGGGGGAGACGAGAACAUCAUCUUCUCCCCCCUGAGCGUGGCGCUGGGCCUGGGCAUGGUGCAGCUGGGGGCCCGGGGAGCCUCCCUGGCCGAGAUCCGACAGGAUGGCUACAGCCACUACAGAGACGACGAGGAGCUGUCCCUCCUGCGGAACCUGACGCAGGCGCUGUCGGCGCGCGAGGAGCAGUACGUGCUGAAGCUGGCCAACUCCCUGUUCCUGCAGCAGGGCGUCCACUUCAACCCGGACUUCCUGCACCUCAUGAAGAAGUACUUCCGGGCCGAGGUGGAGACGGUGGACUUCAGCGAGUCGGCGGCCGUGGCCGAGCGCAUCAACGGCUGGGUGGAGAACCACACAGAGAGUAAGAUCAAGGAGCUGCUGUCGGCGGACGACUUCAGCAGCGUGACGAGGCUGACGCUGGUCAACGCCGUCUACUUCCGUGGCAGCUGGAAGAACCAGUUCCGGCCGGAGAACACGCGCACCUUCUCCUUCAGCAAGGAUGACGGCAGCGAGGUCCAGACCCUCAUGAUGUACCAGCAAGGAGACUUCUACUACGGCGAGUUCAGCGACGGCAGCACGGAGGCUGGCGGCGUGUACCAGGUGCUGGAGAUGCCGUACGAGGGCGAGGACAUGGGCAUGAUGAUCGUGCUGCCCAGGCAGGAGGUGCCCCUGGCCACCCUGGAGCCCAUCAUCAAAGCCCCCCUGCUGGAGGAGUGGGCCAACAACGUCAAGAGGCAGAAGGUGGAGAUCUACCUGCCCAGAUUCAAGGUGGAGCAGAAGAUUGACCUGAGGGACACACUGCAAGAACUGGGCGUCCAGAAAAUAUUCACCAAGGAUGCAGACCUCUCUGGCAUUACCACUGACAUGGCUGAUGGGAAGGAUCUGUUUGUGGGGAAGGCCGUGCAGAAGGCGUACCUGGAGGUGUCUGAGGAGGGGGCCGAGGGUGCUGCCGGGUCAGGCAUGAUUGCGCUCACAAGGAAUCUAGUGCUAUAUCCCCAGGUUAUGGCAGACCAUCCAUUCUUCUUCAUCAUCAGAAGCAGAAAGACAGGCUCCAUUGUUUUCAUGGGGCGGGUGAUGAGCCCUGAGGUCAUUGAAUCCAGCAUCCAGGACUUCGACUCUGUCUAACCUCCCUGCUUUAUCAAACCCAACAUGUUGAUUGUGUUCGUACUGUAAAGAGUCUCAGAGCCUCAAAAGCACUCCACCUCACACAACACACAGUAGUCUGUCUCCCUGUCAUCACUCACCAUGGUUUUAUAACCUUACCACAACACAUACAAUAUACUCUAUAACAUGAUAAACGUGAUGGUGUUUUGAUACGACGAGAUAUAUACCCAAUGGGGGAUGGAGAGUGCUGUAAAUAUGCUGUAUGGACGAGGUGAAGGUCACGGUGACCUUGAGUAGUGAGGGUGCAGGACACGACGUAUCCAUCCAUGGGUUAACCUCCAUCUCUGUGUUUCAGUAGGAGCCUGACAGGCCAGGCACUCACAUACUCUGCUACAACUCAUUUCUUUUCUUGUAUAUUUGCUACUGUGUCAGGUAGAGGACGUAGAUAUUUAUUGUGAAAUUAUUAAAAAAAAAAGAACAGAUGUGAGCAGUAUUCUAAUGAAUCACUUUUUUGAAUCUCUAAUUAAAUUGAAUCUUUUUCUCUCUCUUUCUCUCUCUCUCUUUUCUUCUCUUCAUUUCUUUCCUACCUCCUGAGGUUAUUGCUUUUAGUACAGUUAAACUGAGAUAUAUGCCUUAUGAGUUUCUGAUUGAGCAGAUGUCUGCAGGGUGUACAGGUCAAUAAAGAGGUUAUCAGGCCAAUGUGGCAUUUCAUGUACAGGGAUUUAAAAAAAAGAACUAAGAACACCAGCUGUAUUCACUCUUUUGAGAAAUAAACAUGAAUGUGUAGACA